AUGCUCUGGCGACUCUUUGCUGGUGGUAUGUUAGGCGGUAUGAUCUCAGCGUAUCGCUCUUCUACGACAUCGACGCUUGCCGUAACUACCCCAACGCUGGAUCUCAUUAUGGAUCCUAGUAAAGAUGUUGUUCCUGUACGUUGUGUUAUUGUCGGUGGUGGCUAUGCCGGGGCAAGACUAGCGUACAUGUUAGAUAGCAUGUUUGAUGUUACCUUUAUUGAUGAGAAAAAUUUUUAUGAACUUACCAAUGAUAUCAUUCCUAUCGUGGCAAACCCGUGGAGCGAGUUAAAUGAAGAGGCCUGUCGUCGUCUCUUUGUACUACAUCGCUAUUAUCUUAAACGGGCAAAUGUGCUUACAGGCACUGUUGACGGUGUGGAUGAAGAGUCUGUUACACUUCGUGAUGGUCGUUGUGUGCCGUAUGAUCUUCUCUUUGUCACACCAGGUGAACGUAAACCAUUUCCUUUUGCUACAAAAGAGCGAACUAUUGCUGGUCGUGUACAAGAGCUUAAACAUUUUAAUGAAUUUAUUGGUACAUGUAAAAAGGUAGCAAUUCUUGGAGGAGGUCCAGUUGGUACUUCUCUCGCAAUGGAUUUGGCGACUGGAAGACCAGAUAUGGAAGUUCAUUUAUAUCAUUCCAAGUCAGAACUUAUUCCUGUAUUACCAACAACAAGUCGUAAGUAUGCACUGGAGGCUUUACAACGUUGUAAAAAUCUCUCAGUACAUCUUUGCACACGGGUAACGGAUAUUGAUGGAUAUGAUGCGAAUGGAAAUCGUGUGGAUACACAUCCCAGUACAGGGUUGAUGCGAUUAUUACCUUUUGGUAAACCUGCUGCUGAGGAAACAAAGCAAUUUACCGUGCGUUAUGAUAAGAUGCACUUUGUACCAACACCUCAACAAUCCAUUCUGAGUCAGGCGUACUUUGGACGACGUCAACCAGAUUUAAGUGGAGAUACGGUGGAGUCAUCUGGUGAAGAAAAAGAAUUUGAUUAUGUCUUUUCAACAAUAGGUGAUGUACCACGUCCUAUUAAGGCAGGAAGAGGAAAACCCAAUAUACUUGCUGAACACGAAACACCAGAUGGACAUUAUCGUGUUAGUACAUUAAUGCAACUGUAUGGACAUCCUAACAUCUGGGCUCCUGGACGUUGUAAUAAUAUUCCUUGGGUAAAGAGUUAUGGUUCAAGUGAUGUGCAGGUUCGAACUAUAUUUCGUGGAUUAAACUCUGUGGUACAUAAUCCUACAGAGAGAUUUCUACACUCACGUGAUGGUAUUCAAUUACAACGAAUGUCUAUUCCACGAAUGUUAGUUCGUUUAGGAAAUAAUGAUGCCGUUGGUGCAACACCGUGGUCUGGUGCUAUGGUAGGCCUUUCUGCAUUCCAUGAAUUCAUGCAAGACCGAAAUCACCUCGUAAAGGAAUUCCAACAACCAAUUUUUUACAAACCGCAGGAUCCUACGAAGGUAAAGCAACGAAUCUCUAACUGGGUUGCGCAUGAAAUUACGGAUAUUGUAGACUUCUCUCAUUGUUAA